AGGACUUAUCUAAAAUUGAUUUGGCUAUCUCAAAUUGAACUAUAUAAAUAAGCACUUGUUAAACAAGAAGAUCACAAGAAAAAAACGUUUCGUUUUUAAGCAUGACUAGAAAGAAGGUGAAAUUGGCUUUCAUAGUGAAUGAUUCUGCAAGAAAGGCAACUUUCAAGAAAAGGAAGAAGGGACUAUUGAAAAAAGUUGAUGAACUCAGUACCCUUUGCGGGAUUGAUGCAUGUGCUAUCAUCUAUAGCCCGUAUGAUCCUCAACCAGAGGUUUGGCCGUCGCCAUUGGGGGUUCAACAAGUGCUUUCCAAGUUCAGGAGGAUGCCUGAAAUGGAGCAAAGCAAGAAGAUGGUGAACCAAGAGAGUUUUCUAAGGCAGAGGAUCGCGAAGGCGACAGAGCAGUUGAAGAAGCAGACCAAAGAAAAUAGAGAGAAGGAGAUGACCCAGCUCAUGUUUCAGUACCUUGGUGAAGGUAACAUCAUGCACAAUGUGAACAUGCUUGAUUUGAACGAUCUUGCAUAUUUGAUUGAUCAGUAUUUGAAGGAUAUCAAUAGAAGGAUUGAAUUGUUGACAAGAGAGUCUCAGUCUCAGAGUCAACCCCCAAUGCCACCACCACCGGUAGUUAAAGAUGAGGUGGCAAAUGUUGAAGAAGAGGGACAAGGGAGCCAUGCCCAGCAAGGUUUGAACAUCAACAUGGAUUCCAUGCAACCAAAGGAAAAUUGGUUUGUCAAUUUGAUGAGUGGUGCUAAUGUGGAUCAGCCACAUGUAUUUGGAGAUGCUAAUCAACAGAGUGGAUUUUGGCCUAACACAUUUUUCCAUUGAAACAAACAAACGAAGAAAUUCAAGUGUUAUAAGUGUGGGUUCCUUUGUUGGAGUUGGAUCUUUUCAUGUUUAAAAUAAAUAUGAUUUGGCAUAUGCAUAUUUUUUUAUGAGAUGAUUGCUCUUAGAAAAUAAAAUAUUAAAAAGAUAAGCAAUCAGUAAUAGAGAUAUGAUUAUGACCUUGUUAUGUUCAUUUUGAACAUUAGAAGAUCUAGUUCCUUUUGUUAUGUGUUUAUAUGUGAAAAUAAGUGACCAUGUGCUGGUGGUCUAUGACUCUUAAGUUUGGCUUGUUUUUCUCUUUGUUAUGUCGCUCUCUGUUUUAGUUUGAUAAACGGACU